AUGUCCACCUACGAAGUCGAACAUAAUACCACCGACCCCUCUAUACCAAAUCCAACCGCCCGUCGUCGCCGACCCGACCUCUCCACCUUCUUCGCGACCCUCUCAGAAAUCAGUCCGGAUGAAUCCCGCUCGAGACCGCACGCGGUGCCUGUUCCGCACGAUAUCAGCGCGGCAUUUUACUCCCUAGCCGAGGCAUUGGAGGUAAUGCGUCGAGAAGCCCCGGGUGCGGAGAGCACUGCUCCUACUACCACCGACAAUGACGACAGCGAAAAUCCCGAUCUCCUGACACAGAUGAUUCGGACGUUGCUGAAUGAAGCGGAAAUGCCCCCGAAGGAGGUGGAAGGGGUGAGUGAGGAGUUUUGUGAUGUGUUGGAUCGCGUCCCUCGAUCAUCGUUGAAGCCGUCGCAGACCUGUCCCAUCUGUAAUAAUCCAUUCUUGGAGGAUCAAUAUCCGCUUGUUGUGCGAUUGCCGUGUCAUCCUACGCAUCUUUUUGAUCUGGAGUGUGUGCGUCCUUGGUUGCGUCUGCGAGGAACGUGUCCCCUUGACCGGGCGGAUUUCGCCAAGCAGGAACGGGAGAAGGCGGAGGCGAGGAAGAACAAGCCAGUGGAGGAUAAUGAGGAAGAGUGGGAUGGUAUGUAUGGGUAG